AUGAAAGAACACAUCAUAUAUCAGAGGCUUUAUGGAUUGAUUCUCAUAUCGAGUUUUAUCUUUCUCUCAGUUACAUUUUCACUAAAAGGAAAGAAGCUGGAUUUUUAUGGAACGGGUGACACAUAUGUACAUUUGACCAACACCAUUCCUGAACUCAGCCGAUUCACAACAUGCAUUGAUCUGGUAUUUGUGGAUAACAAUUCAAGUUAUUGGAUGUCCUUCUCCUAUAUUACUAAUAACACCGUGGGCAGAGAAGACUUAGACCUUGGACUUGCAGGAGACCAUCAGCAGCUCAUACUAUAUAAAUUGGGCAAGACCUUUUAUAUCAGUUACUACCUGACUCCAUUCCAAUGGCAUACAAUAUGCUUAAUAUGGGAUGGUGUGAAGGGCAGAUUAGAGCUCUUCCUGAAUAAAGAAAGUAUAUUGGCAGUAAUGGAUCAACUACAAAACCUGACACCUAAUGGGACCUUAGUCCUAGGGCACUUUCUCCAGAAUGGGGACAGCCUGGUUAAAAGCAUGGUGCCUAGCUUUGUCAGUAGCUUGUACUACUUCCAACUCUGGGACCACAUCCUGGAAAAUGAGGAGUUUAUGAAGUGUUUAGAUGGAGAUGUAGUUAGUUGGGAAGAAGAUGUUUGGCUCAUCAACAGGAUCAUCCCAACUGUUGACAGGAGACUGCGCUGUUUUGUUUCAGAAAAUAUGACAAUUCAAGAAACAAGUACAGCUCUUUCACAACAAAUAGAUUUGACAACUCCAUCACAAAUUACUGGACUAAAAACACAAAAGACUUCACAUUCCUCUACAGUGAUAUCUAAAGGCAUGCCUGUAUUCGCAACUGAUUACACAACCAUAUCAUGUUCCAAUGCAACAUCUCCACCUCUGGAAACAACUACCACAUCAAAUUCUUUUAAGACAUCCAUAGCUGAGACAGCUACAUUUGCAGCAGACAUUUUAUCUACUUCAGCAGCCACCGUUCUGCUUACCCAGUGUAUACCCAUAGGCACUACUACCAUUUCCAUGAAAAUAACUAAAUUCCCAUCUUCAGAAAGCACAAGGAUAACGAAAAUGGCUGAAGACAUGGCUACUAAGACCUUUCAUCCAACUACAGCUACUAAUUUCUUAUCUGCAUCUGGUUCAAUUGUAUCCAAAACUUCAGCAAUUGAAUCUCAGUCGGUUGUGAUGAAGACAUCUCUAUUCUCAACUGUUAAGUUAACAUCCAUGUCUACAACAUCUUGGUCUAAAGACAAAUCCACAGAUAUUGGGACACUCCCUGUCUCCACAGCUGGCCGGGAGUUUCUUGCAUCUACAGCUGCUGGGACUGUACCUUGGUCCACAAUGGAAAAAACAUCAGCUACAACUAGCCAUGCUGGGACUACAUUGGCAUUCCCACCCAAGUCUGUGCUCAUCUCUACAGCUGCUCCAGUGGAUUCUGUAUUUCCUAGAAAUCAGAUGGCAUCUACAUUGGCAAAAACUGAUACAGAAAUAGCAUGUACAGUUCAUUCAGUGACGCUCCCAACUAGGCCUAUUGAGAUCAUGCCUGCCCUAAGAACAGCUGAAACAGAAUUGACAUCUACAAAUUUUCAGGGUGUCUCUUCACCCAGAGUGGAGGAUGCCAUAACUACCUCCAGGCCAAAAGGGACCUCUUCCAUGGCACUUUUUUUCAUAAGAACAUCUCCACUCCCUGGAACUCAGAGUGUACAGACAGUUGUUGAUGCUGAGACUGCACAUACAGCCUUAAGUCCUGGAAUUACAUUUGCACCUACAGUGGCUGAAACUAUACUCUCCCCCACAAUCACACAACCAGUAUACACCCAGAAUACACACCCAGCUGAUGAACACAUGCUUACUUUGAUUUCCACUAGGUCAGGUCCCAUAUCUAUAACUGAUGAAGCUGCCCAUCUAUUAUCCACCAAUGAGACCACUUGGACUUCCAGGCCACACCAGACCCUGCUGACAUCUAUGAAUACAACCACCACACUUACAUUUGUGUCCAAUGAAAAUGUCAUGUCAAUAUUCCAUGGGAAUACUACUAAUACAUCCACAACUACUAAUAUUAUCCCACCAGAAGCAUCCACAAGGAGUGAGGCUACCACUACUGCUGAUGCUACUACAGCCAGAUAUACAACAACUCUAUCCAAAUUGACAUCUCCAUGGUUUGCUAAUUUCUCCACAGUUUCUGGAACCACAUCUGUAGCCAGUAUGCCUGAGUAUAAACUUAUCACCUCAAUGCUAAAAACCACCCCUAUGUCCACAGUAGCCACAAAUAAACUUCCUUCAACACCAAGGGAGACAAUUGUUCCACCAGUAAAUAUAAUAUCUACCAUUGCUGACUUUAAACCAAAUUUUCCUACUGAGACCACUCAAGCAGAAUCAAAUGGUACAACUGCAUUUGGAGAUACAACAGCUCCUGUACCAAAGUCUGCAACAACACAAAGAUUUAAUGCUACUGGGACAGGAAAGGAAACAACUUCCCAUUAUCUUAAGGGAAAAUCAACUAUAGCAGAGGUAGCUGAGGUUUCUUCAUUUUCAACAAUGCUGGAAGUUGAUGAAUCAGCACAAAUGGCGACAGCUUCUGCCACUAUUUCCCCUUUCCCUAAUAUAGAAAAGUUGACUACCCCUUUGGAUAAUAAAUCUUCAACUACUGAGGUGAGAGGAAGUUGGCUUUCAACAAAAUUGGUGAAAACCACACCUAAGAGUCCUUACAAUAGAACAACGGAAAUCUUUAAUUCCACACACACCUAUAUAGCACAUUGGACUUCAGAGACACCUGAGGGAAAUUCACUUCCAUCUCCUACUUCUGGGAGCACACAGGCAUUCCCUAAACCUCUGGGUGCUUCCACCACAAGGAUAUUGGGGGCUAGUCUCACUGCUAUCCCUACACACAGGACAGCUAUGUCCUUGUCUGGUGGGAUUUUGCCUCCACUGCCCAUAGCUACUCGUUCCUCAGCAACCUCUGUGCCUGUUACUCAAAUAUUUUCACUGCCAGUUAAUGUCUCUUCUGUCACCUCUACUGUCACAUCUAUGGUGGUGUCUGACAACACUAAGGUGACCAUGCCUGAGCCUUCUACACUGGCCGGGGCUUUCUCCACAUCUGUGCUCUCAGAUGUCUUGACUCUGUCAUCAGCUACAAUGACCAUGGCAUUGGUGCCAUCAUUGGAUCAGACUGCUUCCACAGCCAGCAAUACCGUACUUAUCCACAGAGACUCAAUUCAUACCAUGUCAAAGGCCACAGUGAUCUCUGUCAGGAUGACACCCCCGGCAGUUCUCUCUCUGGCAGAAACCCCAUUUCCCUCACUGAAAACCCCCAUUCUUGUGACAGCUAAGUCUGAGACAUUCCUUCCAUCCAUCUCAGCUGACGCAGACCCAUCCACACACACUUGUGUCUAGUCAAAAUCUCCCCCAGACAACAUUCCUAUUGUGUCUUCCACUCACGUGAUCUCAGCUACAUCCCUACCAGUAGCAACUCAACCCAUAUCUCAAGUGUAGGAGACUUCUACCUAUGCUCUCAGCUUUCUGUAUACUUUCAGUGGUGGUGGAGAUGUCGUUAGCUUGGCUGCUGGCACCACAGAGACCUCUGUUGUUAUUGGGACCAUGCCCUCACACAUCUCUGCCGACAAGCUUACUACCUCAGUAGACGUUCACAUUUCUCAAUCUUCCACACAUCUUGUAAACACACCAGUCUCCACAAAAUUGGUGACUGGCAUCUCUAUCUUAUCUUCUGAUAAAGAGCACAUGACUAGCUUUCUGGGAAAAAACCGUAAAACUAUGGAGGUGACAGAAAUGUACCCAUCAAAGAAUUCUUUUAUUUCAUACUCUCAGGGUACUUUAUCCUUAGAAAUGACAGAUAUAGCAUUUCCCAAGACCACAAAAAUUUCCAGUCACCAAACACAUUCACCUUCAGAGAUUCCACUUGGGACUCCAGCCAAUGGAAAUUCAGCUUCCUCUCCCACUUCCAGGAGCACCCAGACUGUAUCUACCUCGACCUCAAGUAACACAGAUGUUCAUGUUUCAGAAAUGUCUACCAGUCUUGGGAAAACAGCUCUCCCUUCGCAAGCUGUGACAAUAACCACUUUUUUGUCUCCUGAAAAGGAAAACAUGAGUGCCCUUUCAGUAUACACUCCCAGGACUGUGGAAAUGAUAGCAAGCUCCACCGCUGUGACUUAGCCUGUCUCAUACCACCAGGAUACUUCAUUUGUAGAUUCCACGACUUCCGGGACACCCAGAAUAUCAAAUCCUGUGAACAGAAACACAACUCUUUCACACUUGCCUUCACUUAGGACUCAACCUGAGGUGACUUCAGUUGCCUCUUUCAUUUCUGAAAGCACACAGACUUUCUCUGAGUCCUUAUCUCUUUCCACAACUCGACUACCUAAUGCCAAUUUUACAAUUAUCUCUCCUAACGGGAUCACUGCCUCCCUUUCUGUUCCAAAUGUACCUACACUUCUGGGGAAAACUUCUAUGGCAACAUCAAUUCCUACUUACCAGAUGUCCUCAUUGCCAAUUAAUGUCACUGCCUUCAUCGCCAAAAAAGUUUCUGAGACUCCCACAAUAGUAAUGACUAAGUCUUCUAAAACAACCCAUCCAGGUUACUUGAAAAGUCCCUCUAUAGCCACAUCUGGGACUUUCUCUGAGAUGUCCUCAAAGCUAGUUAAUGACUCUGCUUUCUCACCUACAGUAGUUUCUUCUGACACUACCACAACAGUUGGGUCAUUCUCUACUUUCUUGUCCUCAAUUACCCCCAGGAAUACUAUGAUGAUACAAACAUCUACACUGGAUGUCAUACCUGUGACAUAUUCUGGGCCUACUUCAAAAAGCACAAUGGUUGCCUCGGCUUUUGCUACUUCAGAAAUGACAAAGGUAUCCUCCAGGAUCACACCUACAUCCUUUUCCUCUCCAACAGAGCCAACUUCUCCCUCUGUGAAAACUAUUCCAACCAGUACUGUGGCUGAGAUCGUGACUCCAUUUGUAGGCACCACUGCCUCCCCUCUACUCAGUUCUAAAAACACUGAAGCUCUUUCCUCCAUUCCAAAGACCACAUUUUCACCAUUUCUAUCAACAAUGAAACAAUCAUCACAAAGAGAUGAGGCUACAAGUCCGGGCAUAUUUCCUGGGAAUACUUACAGCUCCUUGUCUACUGUGAGCAGUGGUAGACUGUCAGCUCUCACAAAUACUUAUUCCAGAACUACUGUCCCUGAAAGUGUGUUUUCAUCUACUCCUUCAGAUAAUCUCCAUACUUCCAUGAAUAUUCAGGUUUCCCUAUCUUUGGUUAGCUUUAAGAGCACCCCUGGACCCACAGAAAGUAUAAAAAGCACCACAACUUACCUUUCUUCUUACACAAGAAAGAUGACUUCCUUGUCAAAAAAGACUUGUUUAACAGCUGAAGUAACAAAAAGUGCCACAUCUCUGAAACCCGUUUCAUACUCUCCAUGGACUGCAUCUAGUGCAACUCCAUCCUCUUCAACAUCAUUUCUUUAUUCACCUCAUAGUACUGAAGCUGAGUUCUCUACUCCAAAGAUAUUCUCUCUUUCUACAUCCCAAAUGGUUGAAUUUCCACUUCUGGGGACAAGAAUCACAUCUAGUAACACCCAAUCUCUGCUUGCAACUUCCUGGCACGCACCCACAGCUGAAGGUUCUCAGUUUCCAAUUUUCGCCACUACUCAUGUACCUACACCCAACAAGGCGGAAACAGAGACUCCACACCUUGCUCCUGAGUUUUUGUCAACAUUUCCAGCCACUUAGACUGAUCUAGUAUCUAGAGAUGUUAUGGCAAUGUCUUCAAUUACCAUGUCAGGAAUUCUUCCUACUUUUGGGCUUCCUGAGAGCCCUUCGUUAUCAACAUCUUCAAGAGCUACCCCUACCACUUUGGCUGACAUUAAGCACAUGUUUGAGAAAAUGACCACAUUUGUAACUUCUGGCACCACAGUGCCAUCAACCCCUUCUGGUACCGCUUCAGGAUCUAUAAUCUCGAAGGCUACUACUUCAUCUGUGCUGACUUGGAUCUGAUCUAGUCUCCCUUCACGUUCUCCUUUGGCAACUGUAUCUAAUGCUCCUCAUGUUAUAACUUCCUCUACAACAGAGGUGUCAAAAUCCACAUUUCUGACUUCUGCCAUGAAACCGACACACCCAUUCCCUAACUUUACAACACUGCCCUUUGCUACUGUAAGCACCGUACUCACCCAAACCACUCCUACAUCUACAGCGGGUGGUAUCACUACCAGUUUCCCACCUUCUCUCCCUGUGUCUUUAAAAGUUGCAGAUGACAGUAUACACAUGUCCACAUCUCCUGAGCCAUCCUCCAGAACCACUGUGACUGCCAAAUCCAGGACUGUGUAUCAAGCUCCAUCCUUUAGCAAUGAAAUGUCACCCCCUAUAACUGACCACACCCUGUCUAUUGGUUCCAUGCCUCUGCCUUGCCCUACAGUAACAUCUGUGUGGAGCAGAAUCCCAGCUGCAUCAGCAUCCCCUACUUUAAUUCUUCCUAAGCCCACACUAGACUCCCUUCUAAAUACAACCACUACUAUAUCUGCUGCUACUGGAGCCUCAUUUCCAUUCAAAUCCCCUGGAAUGACACAUCUUUCUACAGCAACUGUGUCUUUAAUCCCUUCCUCUUUUGAGACAACUUGGAUAGACUCCGCACCUUCUUUUCUAUCUACAGAAGCAUCGACUUCGCCUAUUGUCACUAAGCCCACAGUUUCUUUCUACAAUAUUGAAAUGAACUUCUUUGUCUUUGAUGAUGAGCCAAGGAUUACUACCAGUGUUAUAAAUGAAUUUGCAGAAAACUGGCUAAAUUAUAUAUUUCAGGAUAGUGAAUUUUGUCUUGCUGAUCAGGCUAUCCAAAUUAAAAGCAGAGACACUUCUGAGGAAGAAAUGGCCAUGGACUGAGCUAUUUGACUGUGCACUUUUCUUUUGCAUUAUUUGGAACAGAGAGAAGGGCAAGGAAUGGCUACAAUUUUCCAUGUACCAUACAGCUGUGUUUGUCAGGUCAUCAUAAAGGCCAACUCUUCUUUAUCACCCACUGAACUGAUUAGCAGCAUCAGAAGUAGAAUACAUGGCAACCUCAUGCAUGGGAACUUCACACAAGAUCAAUUGAUGUUAUUAGUAAAAUCUGAGCAUGUUGAAGUGAAACAACUAGACCCAGGAAAGUGCAAAGCCGAUGAAACAGCCACUAUAUACAAAGGGACAUACAAGUAGCUAUUAACGAACCCUACGGAGACAGCUCAAAUCAGAUGCACGAAAAAUGAGGAUGGGAACGCCACUAGAUUCUGUUCAAUCAGCAUCCACACAGGCAAAUCUCAAUGGGAAAAACCAAAGCUUAAACAAUACAAAUUGCUUCAAGAACUUCCUGCUAACAUUGUAGAUCUUGCUAAUAUUACCAUAAAUGACGAAAAUGCAGAUGAUGUUUCAGAGCACAUUUUAACUUUGAUAAAUGAAUCCCCACCUCUGGAUGAAGAAGAGACAAAGAUUAUUGUUUCUAAAGUACCUGAUAUUUCACAAUGUGAUGAGAUAAGUAUAAACCUAACCCAGAUCAUAUUACAAAUAAACAAUGCUGUUUUGGAAAAGCACAACCAUUCAGCCCCUGAUCUGCAUAAAGUAAGCAAUGAAAUUCUGAGGAUAAUCGAGCGUGCUGGUCACAAGAUGGAGUUUUCUGGGAGGACAGCAAAUCUGACAGUGGCUGGUCUGGCUUUGGCAGUGCUGCGGGUAGACCACACAUUUGAAGGCAUGGCCUUCAGCAUUCACUCCUAUGAAGAAGGCACAGACCCUGAGAUUUACCUAAGCAAUGACACUCUGGAGAGGGUUUCAGCUUCCAUUUAUUUGCCUAAAUCACUGAGGAGGAGACUUAACAACUUACAGACCAUCUUGUUUAAUUUCUUUGGCCAGACUUCACUGUUUAAGACCAAAAAUGGCACUAAAACAUUAGCCACAUAUGUUGUGAGUGCCAGCGUUUCAGAUGUGUCCAUUCAAAACUUGGCUGACCCAGUGGUUAUAACUCUGCAGCAUAUUGAAGACAAUCGGGAUUAUGAUCAAGUUCACUGUGCCUUUUGGGAUUUUGAGAAUAACAAUGGGCUAGGUGGAUGGGAUGUAUCAGGCUGUAAAGUAAAGGAAACAAACAUAAAUUACACAAUCUGUCAGUGUGACCACCUCACCCAUUUUGGAGUCUUAAUGGAUUUAUCCAGGUCUACAGUGGAUGCAGUGAAUGAACGAAUAUUAAUGUUUAUAACAUAUGUUGGAUGUGGAAUUUCCUCCAUUUUCCUGGGAAUUGCAGUGGUGACAUAUAUAGUUUUUCACAAUAUUAGAAAAGAUCAUCCUUCCAAAAUCCUGAUCAACCAAUGUGCAGCACUGCUAAUGCUAAAUGUGGUGUUUCUGGUCAGUUCCUGGUUGUCAUCCUUUCAGAAGGCAGGACUUUGUAUCACAGCCACGGCAACACUUCAUUACUUCCUGCUCGUUUCUUUGACUUGGAUGGGCCUGGAGGCAGUCCACAUGUAUUUUGCUCUAGUUAGAGUCUUCAACAUAUACAUUCCAAAUUAUAUCUUUAAAUUUUGUCUAGUUGGUUGGGGAUUCCCAGCAAUCAUGGUGGCAAUAAUACUCAGUGUGAAAAAAGAUCUGUAUGGAACUCUGAGCCCAACGACCCCAGUUAGUUGGAUUAAAGAUGAUUCUAUCUUUUACGUCUCAGUGGUGGCUUAUUUUUGCCUCAUAUUUCUCACGAAUUUCUCCAUGUUCUGCACUGUUUUUGCUCAACUGAAUUCCAUGAAAUCCUAAAGCCAGAAGACUCAGCGGAAGAUGAUCCUGCAUGACCUCAAAGGCACAAUGAGCCUUACGUUCUUACUUGGCCUCACCUGGGGGUUUGCCUUUUUUGCCUGGGGACCCGUGAGCAUAUUUUUCUUGUAUCUUUUUGCCAUUUUUAACAGUUUGCAAGGAUUCUUCAUUUUUGUGUUUCACUGCAUGAUGAAGGUGAGCGCGUGAGAGCAGUGGCAGAUACUCCUCUGUUGUGGGUGGUUGCAAGUGGAUAACUCUUCUGAUGGUAGCAGCCCGUGUGGGAUAAAUGUUGGGUACAAACAGCAGAGAGGCAGGGCUCUCAGGUCG